GGGAGACGUUGCACCUUGUGUGAUUAAUUUGAUUUGAGCCGCAGCAGCUUCUCGUCUUUUCGCUUCCUGAAACCUCUCUUUACUCUCUCCCAUCAAUUUUCGAUAUCCCCUUAACAUUGCAGGAUUCCUGCAUUCUGCAAUAGUAGAUUCCAAGGUGGAAGGUGUCACGUUGAAUUUUCUUUCAUGUUUGAACGGGGCAAUACCCAUUUGGGAGCAAUUGAGUUGCUUGGGGAGCGUUUUUCUUCGCCGAGGAAAAAGGAUAAGCCUGUGUUGCCAGCAAGAUCAAGCUGCAUGCAUUACAAGCUGUACCAGCAACAACACGCUACCUUCCAUUGUUACUGUUGGCAGCCUUCUCUGAUUGCUCAAAGAGCGGACCUCUGAUUACCAGCAACUUGUCAUCAUACUUGGAAUUUCUGCAUCGUCUACCUGACUGUGUUUGGUUGUCUUUGCAAAUUUCGUUGUUGAAGCCAUCAUGGCCUUACAAAACAUUGGUGCUGCAAACAGUGAUGAUGCCUUCUAUAGGUAUAAGAUGCCCAAAAUGAUUACCAAAAUCGAGGGUAGAGGGAAUGGCAUCAAGACAAAUAUUGUCAAUAUGGUUGAUAUUGCCAAGGCAUUGGCAAGGCCAGCCUCUUACACAACCAAGUACUUUGGGUGUGAACUUGGAGCCCAGUCAAAGUUUGAUGAGAAAUCUGGUACUUCUCAUGUUAAUGGGGCACACGACACUGCAAAACUUGCUGGUCUUCUUGAGAACUUCAUCAAGAAAUUUGUUCAAUGUUAUGGUUGUGGAAACCCCGAAACGGAGAUAUUGAUUACCAAGAACCAAAUGAUUCAACUGAACUGUGCUGCCUGUGGUUUUGUGUCAGAUGUGGAUAUGAGGGACAAGCUGACUACGUUUAUUCUGAAAAACCCUCCUGAAACAAAGAAAGGAUCCAAAGACAAGAAGGCCAUGAGAAGAGCUGAGAAGGAGAGAUUGAAGGAAGGUGAGAUGGCUGAUGAGGAGCAGAAGAAAAUCAAGAAGGAGGUUAAGAAGAAAGGCUCUUCGACUUCCAAGGAUGGUACUACAAAGUCAACCCCUAAGAAGAAAGCAAGUGCCUCUGAUGAUGACCAUGUAUCUCCUACUCACAGUCAAGUGGAUGAGAAAGAAGAUGCUUCUCAGGAGGAAGAUGGCGAUGAUGACAUCCAAUGGCAAACGGAUACAUCGCUAGAGGCUGCUCGCCAACGCAUUCAAGAACAGCUAAGUGCUGUAACAGCUGAUAUGGUCAUGCUCUCCACAAAUGAGCCUGAGAAGAAUGGAAAAACAGCAACCAAGGCAAGCAACGGUUCUGAAAAUGGUGACUCACAUAACUACAGUACACUUGUUGGAGAAGUGAAGGCAAUUCUGAAUAAAGGUAUUGUAGCAAAGGAUUUGCAUUCCCAUCUGGCAGCACUUCCUGCAUCUGCACAGGACAAGACAAAUGCUCUAUUUGAGGCCUUAUUUGAGGGCAUUGAGAAAGGAUUUGCAAAAGAAGUGAUCAAGAAGAAGAGCUACCUUGCUGCUGGAGUUUCUAAGGAGGAGGGGUCACAGUUACUCCUGCUUAGUGCAAUUGAGGCUUUCUGUCUCAACUCUACUUCCAGUGCUCUGAAGGAAGCUGCUCUUGUUUUGAAGGCUCUGUAUGAUGCUGAUCUGUUGGACGAAGAGAACAUAUUGCAAUGGUACCAAGACGGAUUGAAGGGCAAAAACAAGGACUCUAAGAUUUGGAAGAAUGUUAAACCUUUCAUUGAUUGGCUUCAGAGUGCGGAAUCAGAAUCAGAGGAAGAAUGAUGUCCUCAAACUGUGUUGUGCUUCUAUUUCAUUGCUGUGUUCUUUGAUUUCAAAUAAAAGGGUCAUGUUGUAUUGUGGCCUAGUGUGCUGUGUUGCUGAACCUUGUCAUGUGUGUCGUGUCUGGAUUUGGUAUCAGUCAGAUUAGAUAUUCUCCUCUUUAGUAUUAUUGUUGCCUCUUUAUGUUUUGGUUAUCAACUUAUCAUUAUUAUGACUUAAACUGGAUAUUCUUCUGCA